AUGGAGCAAACGUUAAAACGGCUACCACAAAACGAACAGAACGAAGAAGUUGAUGACGAAGAAGAACUUCGAGUCGCGUUCCACGAUCGACUGAAACUCAUUCGGAUCUCUGUGAAUUCGCUGCUCAUCGAGAACGAGCAGAGCUACGGUAAACUGCUGAAGGAGGUGGAGGAGGCCAAGACGAAGACGAAGAAGUCGUGGAAGGAUUACAGACGAUUCAAGCGGUUCGACGUAGUGGCGGACGGUGCUGAGGGGGAGAAGCGUUUGAUCAGUCCUGUUGCGGAGGAGGAUCAAGACUACAAGUUCUACAUACACAACGGGCAGAUCUUCGACAUCAUCCACGAGGCCCAUCUCGGCACCGGUCACGGCGGCAAACACAAACUGGAGCAGUACCUGAAAAGCAGAUACGCGAACGUCACCAGGGAAGUGAUCAAGAUCUAUCUGGAUCUGUGCGCAGAGUGCAAGAAGAAACGCACUUCGGCGGCGGCAGCGCUCAUCAGCACAGGCAACGAACGUCGUCGUCGACAGCAGCUGCAGCAACAACGACAAGUGGUUAAGAGACGAUGUUCGUCAUCGUCGAUGAUGAAAAGUGUUAAGGUCAAGGAGAGGCUGUAUCGAGCGACUGUGGACAUCGUCGAUAUGAGCGAGUCUGCGGACGGCGACAACAAGUACAUCCUUCAUUACGAAGACUGCAGCACCAAGUUCUGCCUGCUGCGUCCGCUGAAAACGAUAGUUGCAGUCGAAGUGGCCUACAACUUGCUGGAUAUAUUUUGCAUUUUGGGCGCGCCCGGCUUGCUGCAAUCCGCAGAAGACGGAGGACAGCUCGCAUCGGACGUUAUAGAGGAGCUGAAGAUGAUGUGGAGCAGCUUGAGUUGCGUGAGCCACGGUGGUUACAAUCGCAACGGCAACGGCGAUGACAUCAAAGAUUCGGUCGUGUCGUGGAUGAGGGAAACGAAUUCGACCAAGUGGAGCGAAGGAUUGCGUUUCUGCCAAUUGCGACGCAACAUCUCUCCUGAAUGCAGGCAAAGUCCGUACGAGGCGCUCAUCCGCAGGAAACCGAAGAGACUUUACCAGGAGGAUUCCAGCAUCGUCGAUGCUACCCGUAGUAUGGAGCACGAGGAGAUCGUCGUCGAACCGGACCUUCCGCACUUUUGUUCGAUUCAGUCUAGCGAAAUCAUCCCGUGCUGCAACUGCAACAGGAAACCUGCAAAGAUCAGGAAGAAAUGA